AUGAUGUCUCAUAUUGUGAAGGGAGACGCAUUUUUGGAUUCGGUUUAUGAUAAUCUGGUGAAUGCACAGGAGACUCUGAAAGAAGUUGCCAUUGCUGUUAAUGCAGGUCUCAAAACUGUGGCAAACACAGUGAAGUUUGUGGAAAAUUUCAUAGAAUCAACUGUGGAAGAAGAUUGUGUCUACAAAUGCCCCGGUAAAAAAAUUCCUGUCCGUAAUCCAAAUCAUACACCCAAGGCAAAUGGAUGUGGCUCACUUGGGGUAUUCUUUGAAAAAGAAGAUUUGUCAAGGGCAGAAAUGGUUGAUUGUUGUAAUGAUCAUGACAUUUGUUAUGAUACUUGUGGGAGAGACAAAGAAGAUUGUGAUAAAAUAUUCAAAAGAUGUUUAUAUAAUACUUGCAAAAUUACUCAAAAUGAAAUGGACAUUUUGACAAAUAAAAAAUGCAAAGGAGGAGCAAAGUUGCUUUACACAGCUACGGUGGCUCUUGGGUGUACGCCAUUUAAGGAGGCUCAACAUAGUGCAUGUAGGUGUGUGCCAGUAAAGGCUGUGCCCCAUCAGAGGAAUGAGCUAUAG